CGCAACGUAAUCACACUCUUUUCAUUCUUGAACUCUCCAAAUUCCUCUCUCUCUCUCUCUCUCUCUUUCCAUGGCAUCUGUGACGCGUGUGGCGCGCUGCGAGCUGCGGCCGGGGAGAGCGGCGGUUCGGCCGAGGGAACCGGGCGGUCCGGUUCCGGUCUCGAUCCCCAAACCGAAAGCGGCGGAGGCGGAAGGAACGAACGCGAACAUCGUUCUGCAGCCGCGGUUGUGUACUCUGAGAUCGUACGGUUCGGAUCGCGGGGGAGUCAUCAAGAGUCGCGAUGACGUGUCACCGUUCUUCGCCACGCUUUCUGAGUACAUCGAAAGCUCUAAGAAAAGUCACGAUUUUGAGAUCAUCUCUGGUCGUCUAGCUAUGAUGGUGUUUGCAGCAACGGUGACAAUGGAAAUGGUGACAGGAAACUCUGUGUUCAGAAAGAUGGAUAUUGAAGGAAUCACAGAGGCCGGUGGGGUGUGUUUGGGUGCUGUAACUUGUGCAGCACUCUUUGCAUGGUUCUCCAGUGCCCGAAACAGAGUUGGUCGAAUCUUCACCGUCAGCUGCAAUGCAUUCAUCGACUCAGUAAUUGACCAAAUCGUCGAUGGUUUGUUCUAUGAAGGCGAUCCUACUCAUUGGUCUGAUGAACCCUGAUCAAAUAUAAUACUAUAAUUCUUACCAUUUUACACACAUUUAAUGUGUCUAAAAUUCAUAGUCACACUAAGAGAAACAUGUAAGGUAAUGUAAUAAUAAUAUUUAUAAAUAUAUAGGUAUACGUAGAAAAGCAAAAGUGAUGCCAUUGCGAGUCCAAAAUAGGUAGUAAAAAUAAAUGAUGCGCAUCAUAGAUUGCUUCAGAAUUAGACGUUGAAACUAAAUGAAUGUAUCCCUUUCUUAAGCAUUCAUGGAUGAUGAGAUAUGUUUUAUUAACUUGGGGUAUGUCAUGCAAAAUCUCAAAACAAUAAUUACGUGAGCUACAUUUUCAAUUCUA